CGCGCUCUGCACAUCAUGGUUUGGGCCGCACAUAAAGGGCUCCGCUGCUCCGGGCGCCCUGGGAGCUGAGAACGCGUGUCCGCGCCUCCGCUAGUCCGUGCGUCCCGCCCUUGCCCACACAGCUUUCAGGCAUGGCCUCCGGCCACGCGUAUGUCGGAAAGCCCGCCCCGAACUUCCAGGCCACGGCGGUAGUGGAUGGCUCCUUCAAGGAGGUGAAGCUUUCCGACUACAGAGGGAAAUACGUGGUCCUCUUUUUCUACCCGCUGGACUUCACCUUUGUGUGCCCCACGGAGAUUAUCGCGUUCAGUGAGCAUGCUGAGGACUUCCGAAAGCUGGGCUGCGAGGUGCUGGGGGUCUCUGUCGACUCUCAGUUCACCCACCUGGCUUGGAUCAACACUCCCCGGAAGGAGGGAGGCUUGGGCCCCCUGGACAUCCCCCUGCUGGCUGAUGUGACUAAAAGCUUAUCCCACGAUUAUGGUGUGCUGAAGGAAGAUGAGGGCAUUGCCUACAGGGGCCUCUUUAUCAUCGACGGCAAGGGUGUCCUUCGCCAGAUCACCAUCAAUGAUUUGCCUGUGGGACGCUCUGUGGAUGAAGCUCUGCGGCUGGUCCAGGCUUUCCAGUACACAGAUGAGCACGGGGAAGUCUGUCCCGCUGGCUGGAAGCCAGGCAGUGAUACAAUCAAGCCCAAUGUGGACGACAGCAAGGAAUACUUCUCCAAACACAACUAGGCUGGCAGAUGGGCGGCAAGCUUGGGCUCUUGGUCCCCACCUGUCCCUGCCUGGGUGUCCUGUGCUGACCCAGGAAAGGCCAGACCUCCCCCUUCAAACUCCUUAGUCUAUUACCCUACUGGGCUAGGCCUUAAACCUUCUCAAGCUCCCAGGUGGGAGCUGGUGAAUGGUGACCCCCUCCCUGGAACUCAGCUAGCCCGGCAUAGGCCUAGAGGUGAUCAUCAAUAAAGUAUUAGGGACAGAUAUAAA